AUGUGCCCAGCGAAGCGAAAGGAACCCGAGGGUGAUGGAUGCCAAGCCCGGUAUCCGCGUCCACUUCCGCUCACCAAGUUCAUCCACCGAUCAAGUGCCAUUGCGAAGACCGCCCUUCAAACCUCGCUUCACCGCGCCUCAAUGGCCCCAAGACUGCGCAGUGCGCUCGCAAAGAGCCUGUCGCGUCCACUGGAUCGUAGCACCAUCUUCGACUGUCCCUCAUGCGCGGUCUGGCUCCGAUCAUUGUCCACGCGCGCCAAUGCCAGUCGCAGCGCUCCCAGCCCCGACACAUCUCGAAGAGGCGCUCGGGCUCAGAACACAAUUACAGGACCUGCUUCCCGAAGCUUCACUUCAUCGACUGUGAUUACUGCGAAGAGCGUCCCGGCGCGGUUCAAGGAGCUGCACGCUGCCCUCGAGGGAGUGAAAGAUGCCGAUCUGGAACAGGUGAAUCUCAGCCGGCUGCAAUUUGCACUACGCGGAUUGGAGUCCGAAACACCUCUCAUUAGAGUAGCAGUGCUUGGAUUGAACGAUGCGACCUCUGCUCGCAAACUUGUUAGACUACUGCUUGCAGACCCAUUGGUACCGCGAGAAGGAUGGGAGGACCUGCUCGACCAAUAUGAUGCCGAUUCAUCCCGCGGGCUCCUGAUCAGAUAUGGCGAAAUAUCAGAAUCUAUCCCCAAUGAUCUGCUACCCACGAUCUCAGUACCGUCGUCCAUCCUCAAAAAUGGCAACUUGGAAAUCCUAGUCAGCUCCAUCGGUUCUGAGCCUAACCCCAAUGCCACGACAUUCCACGCCGAUACCUUCCUCGUCCCUACAGUGACCAUCCAGACCUCACACUCCGGCCGGAAUAAUUUCGUUCGUUAUCCUGUCCACCGCACUCUCGUGUGUGGAAGUGGAGUUGAUGGCCUUCUAUCAUACAGCACAAUGAUGGGUCGUUCGGACUUGAAGAACGAGGCUGCCUCUGUGCAUGGAGCCAUUGCACUCACAGGUGCCGGUCAAAACCCGACCAAUCAGCGCGUUUCCUUCGUCGAUGUCGACCGUGCCGCCGCUGCGUUGGAUAAGUUCCGUGAGUCUGUCCACAAUGCUUCAGACUACGAACGUGGAUGGAAUGGCAGUAACGUUCAACCACUUAUCAAUUGGCUCGCAAAAUCCUCGGAAGUAUCGACAGGAAAUGCUUUGAAUCCGGCAUUGGUUCCUUUAGUGGAGUCCCUCGUCGACGCGGCUGACGCUAGUGUAAACAUCCGGGACGCCAAGGCGCUCCACGAUCAGACAGUUGGCGCAGCCCCUGAAGAGGUCCGGUCCGACUUGGACCAGGGCGUGACUACCUGGGCAGAGCGUGCUCACUCUGAGCUCCGCAGUUCCCUCGAGGCAGGGCUGGCGAGUCCACGCUGGCGCGGCCUUGCAUGGUGGAAGCUCUUCUGGCGCGUCGACGAUGUGAGCAUGAUCACAUCCGAGAUUUUGACCACCAAAUUCCUUCGCCGGGCAGAGCGGGAGGCCAUCUUCGCCGCAGGUAAGUGCCAACAGGCCGGCCUGUUGAAGGGCCCUUCCACUUCCAGCCCUGAGCCCAUCAAAGAAUCCGCUCUGGCUCCCUGGCCAACUCAGAUUCCCGACCUUCGCACAAAACUUCUCACCACGACUGUGCCCUCUCUCCAAGCCCUCGCCCAGAGCCUUGUGGUCUUCAGCGUUUCCACUACCACCCUGACUUCCGCUCUCUCCGCACUAACGUACGUGGCUAUUCCCGCGGCCGGCGUGUACGAGUCAUGCACCCUCGCCGCUGUUGGCUUGAUCUUUGCUAUUCGUCGCCAGCAGAAGAAGUGGGACGAUGCUCGUGCUUUCUGGGAGGACGAGGUGCGUGAGGAAGGACGCACAUCUCUACUGGAAACCGAGGCUUCUCUUCGUGAUAUCGUGCGCAAUGGUGGCAAGACUGUGGAGGAUCUGUCCGACACCCGUGCACGAAAGACUGUCGUAAGAGCCAGAAAGGCUCUGGAGGAUGUGAAGGCAUAA